CCUCUCUCACCUCCGAUUAAAGUUGAUAACAUUCGGGAUGUGGCCCUUUUACACGCUUUCCUUUGCGCUUCUAACGUCUCUCACGGCGAGUGCCAUCCCACCCACCCAACCUCAUCCGCAGGCCGUGUUUGAGGCGUCUGCUAGCCAGGAUAUCAUUGGCAUUGCCAAAGAAGGUGUUGGCCACUUCAGUGAAUGGAGUCGUGCCACCAAGAAAGAGUUUUUGGUUGAUUGGCAAGCGAGUAAGGAGUCGGAAUGGACGAUAGUCCAAGGCAAUGAAGGCGGAGAUCUCGACAGCAUGACAGCAGCUCUCGCCUGGGCCUAUCAUCUCAGACAUUCGACGCAGAACACAUCGAGCCCGAUCAAAGCUAUUGCCCUACUACAGACACCUGCAGAUGCGCUGGAUCUUCGCCCCGAGAACAAGCUAGCUCUAGACAACUCCAAAAUGACAAGCGGACAUGAAGAUCUCCUAACACUUGAUGAGCUGCCUGAGGAUCCGGAAACUCUCAGCCGCAAGAUUAGAGGCAUCGUCCUAGUCGAUCAUGCUAAACCGUUGCGCAAAUGGCGAAAUGCGAAGAUCCUAAGCAUCUUCGAUCACCACAUUGACCGAGGCGCUGGGCCGGAAGCCAAACCACGAAUUUUCGAGAAGACAGCCAGCUGCACGACCAUUGUUGCUCGGCAAAUGCUUGACGAACUGGAAAAGCUUCCCGAGGAGUACCACAUGCCGCAUGAGCUACUAGAGCUUAUUCUAAGUGCGAUAGCCAUUGAUUCAAGUGGACUAACGAAUUCAGCAAGUACAGAAGAAGACGUUAAAACAUCUGCACGUGUUCUGAAGCGGAGCAAUUGGGCGAAAAGAGAUCUAGAAGAUGUCAUGGAGGACCUAGACGACAGGCUCAGCGACGCUAAGAAAGAUCUCGACCAUCUCGGCCUCCGGGACCUAUUGCGACGAGAUUGGAAGGGCGACCUCGUCGACACCCCUUCACCGAACACUCCAACUGUAAGCCUUGGCUUUGCAUCCGUCCCAUACUCCAUGGAUGCGCAGAUAGUGAAGACGGAGUUUAAGGAACUCUUCGACUGGUUUGCUAUUCAUGCUGCCUGGACAGCGGAGAUUAGUGUCGAUAUCAGCAUCUCGCUGAAUAAAUACAAGACGCGCAAAAAUGGAGAGAAGAAGAAGAUCAGAGAAAUUGUGCUCGUCGUAAGAGACGAUGUCAGAAUUGGCCAAGCUCAGGCUGAUUCACUUUUCCGGGUCGUUUAUGAGGCUCUAGAAAAUGAAAAGAGCCUAGGGCUCCAGCCAUGGCAUAGAGCUCAUGAGCUUGGACGGAGGCAGAUGGUAUGGAGGCACGAGUCUGAUGCAGGACGUAAGGUUAUCCGGCCCAUCGUCGAAGAUGCAGUUAUGGCAUGGGACUAAGCCCGUUACUGCGAAAACUACAACUCUAAAUUACUUGAGAUAGAGUAUUCUCUUCAUCACUUCCUGUAGCUUCGAAGCACACUCCUCUUCGCUUCCACUGGACUCUGCUCUCCAUGCAACGAAUAGAUCCGGUCUCACAAGCACCGCACCAUCCUCUUCCACUCCUCUUUUGUCCGCCCAAGCGUGAUACGGAUCUUCCCAAUCUUGACCGAAUCCAAUCCCUACGACACCGAUUGGUACUUUUAGGCUCUCGCUCACAGCGGCAGCAGCUACCUUCCACGACUCGCCCCCGAUUCCAGUGAAGAGGCAGAAGCGCCCUUUGCCAGCGAUGUCAACAGUCGAGACCAGUUUCUUAGGAAGAGCGGUGUUCAGCCAUACAUGGGGAAGGCGUCGACCUGGAUACGUAUUUGCAUCAUAGAAGAGUACCGGAUUGUCUGCUUCCUUCCCGGACGGUAAGUAAGGCCCUGGUUC